AUGAGCGAGUUAUGCUUAGCUUUAGCCGCUAGCCAGAGUACUACUACAAAGAAAUCUCUAAGGCCAAGGAAUCUAUCCCGAGACUCGCAAUGCCUCUGGACUGGGGCUUCGUCUGUUGUGGUGGGAGCAUCACCGGCAUGCUGCCACACAGGGAGGGAUAGUAGUAGUAGUAGUAUAGUAGUACUCGGAUCCCAAUCAUCCGCAAUUUGCAUACUACUCAACCCCACCGGCAUUUCCAGCGGCAAUUCCUCCACGACGCAGCCGCAUACCCACAAAACGCGUUUUGAUUCCUUGGGUAUUGUUUGCAAUCUUCUUCCUCACUGCCAUGUGGUACACAUCCAUGCUAUUUGGCGCACGGUUCCUAUCCAUUGUCCGACCAGUCCCACCGAGCUUUGCCGCACAGGAGAUCACCGUUUAUACUACAUACGGGAGUGUGUCAAUAUUCACAAGACUCUUUGCCGCCCCAACAAGCCCCACAACGUCUAUUGUGCAGACGCCAAGUCCAACAAACCCUUUGCCUAG